CUGGGAACCAAAGCAGAAGUUGGCCGGCGACACGACCCAACUGCGGUUGGCUGACGAACAGUACCUUUCCGUGUUUUUUUGUGUCCACAGUGGCCGCAGAACUUAGUGCGUGCUUUUCGUUUGUCUUUCUUCCCUCAACCGCGUUGACAAAAUGACGACUCUCGAGCAGAACCCCGCAGACGAACUGGUCGAUUAUGAGGAAGAUGAGCAAAAUGAUGCCAAGGAGAAGGGAGUCGAGGACGUCGUUGUCGGCCGCGGAAACUACGUUUCCAUCCACGCUUCUGGCUUCAGGGAUUUCUUUUUGAAGCCCGAACUUCUGCGCGCAAUUGGAGACGCCGGUUUCGAGCAUCCGUCGGAAGUUCAGCAUGAAACCAUUCCUCACGCCAUCACAGGUGUCGAUGUUCUGUGCCAGGCCAAAUCCGGAAUGGGUAAAACCGCCGUGUUCGUGCUGAGCAUCCUCCAACAGCUGAACCUGGACACAAGUGGCGAGGAAGGCAACACGCAGGGCGUUGUGUGUUUGGGGAUUGCCCACACUCGUGAGCUCGCGUUUCAGAUCAAGAACGAGUUCGACCGCUUCAGCAAAUACCUGAAGAACGUCAAGUGCGAGGUGGUGUACGGAGGCAUUUCGAUCCAGAAGAACAUCGACAUGUUGAAGGAUGCGAAGACGACGCCGCACAUUUUGAUCGGGACCCCGGGCCGUGUUUUGGCGCUGAUCAAGGGCAAGCACCUGAACGCCGAGAAGGUGGCGCACUUUGUGUUGGACGAGUGCGACAAGUGCUUGGAGAAACUCGACAUGCGCAAAGACGUCCAGAACAUCUUCAUGGCGACGCCCAAGAAGAAGCAAGUCAUGUUCUUCUCCGCCACGAUGAACAAGGAGAUCCGCGACGUCUGCAAGCGCUUCAUGCAGAGCCCUGUCGAAGUCUUCAUCGACGACGAGAGCAAGCUCACGCUUCACGGGCUCCUCCAGUACUACGUCAAACUCCAGGAGUCGGAGAAAAACAGAAAACUGAACGACCUACUCGACACUCUCGAGUUUAACCAGGUCAUCAUCUUCGUCAAAAGCGUCUCCCGCGCGCAGGCUCUCGACCGCCUCCUCACAGAGUGCAACUUCCCCUCCAUCGCCAUCCACGCGGGUCUGGACCAGGAGGAACGUAUCAACAGGUAUCAGCAGUUCAAGAACUUCGAGAAGAGAAUCAUGGUUGCGACAGACCUGUUCGGACGAGGUAUCGAUAUUGAGCGCGUGAAUAUUGUUAUCAACUACGACAUGCCAGACUCGAGCGACUCUUACCUACAUCGAGUGGGUCGGGCUGGCCGCUUCGGAACGAAGGGCUUAGCAAUCACCUUCGUGGCUAGCCAGGACGACACGAAUGUGUUGAACGAUGUCCAGACUCGAUUCGAGGUCCACAUCGCCGAGAUGCCGCAGAGCAUCGACGCCUCGCAGUACAUCAAUCAGUAAAAAGAACGCGGCAUGUCGUAUUUGGGCGGCCUUUGCCGUUCGUGUAAAACACUUUGGGGAAACGGUUUCUUAGCGUCAAACGGGCUUCAGUCUUGUAGGGCCCUUCCAGGAGAAGUGUGGAAUUCGCGGGAAGGUGUGCGCACUAGUGCGCCCAGAGUUCCUGAGGUUGUUCAGUGGCUUGUUUCGAGGGGCGAGACAGUGAGAGAGUUCCAAAGUGUGAAGCAGUUCUGAAGCGUGAAAACCACUCGGAUUUACGGGGGGAGGAAACGGGUGGGGUUUCCAAGUCGGGUCAUACGCGUUUCAGUGGAGCGACGGUAUUCAGUGGCUUGGACGGAGCCUGAAUGUGGAAAUGGUUCCGCAGCAGUUAAAGGUUUCGGUCUUGAGGGUUUUUUAUUUAGAUUCUCCAUGGAACGUCUGAGGCGUCACGAGAAACAGCUGGAAAUCUAGCUUCUGCCUUUUGACCACGACAUCUGUAAGCACGGCGGAUCUUGCAUGUGCGAUUCAAGACUAUUAUCGAGACUCGGCCCAUGUGAAACAAACUUGUCUCUUUAGGCGCAGCCGCGUCAUCCGCGGACACCCGCAGUGUUGUGUUCCGGUUAUGAGACAACAUAUCACGUUCAG